AGUCAAUCGGUAGACCGCGGUUCGAGAAGAUUGAGUUUGGUCUAACUGUGUUCAGUGUAAAUGGUUUCUUUUAUUAACGAUAAAUAUCUACAGAUGAAAUUGAGUGUUGGAUUUGAUUUUUAAUUAAAAAAUAGAAAAUAUGUAAAAUAAUUUUUUUGAGAGAAAUUAUUUAGUUCGUUAGUAUUAAAGACGCUAAAAACAUUUAGUCAAAAAUUCCGAGUUUGCAAAUUUUGUUGGUUUUCGGGUAAUGAGAAAGAUUACUGAUACCGGACUUUGUAGGUGAACAAAUUUAAUUCAGUUAAUUUCGGGAAUAUAUAAAAAAAAGAUGAAAGCAAUGGCUUCUAAAAGUGCCAUAUCAAUACUGCUAUUGAUGACAACAACAGUUAUGUGUGAACGAUGGGCUAGACAAAUACCUGCUAACGGUUUCACGGGCUCAGCAGCCAAUGACUGGAUACCCGUACCAUGUCCAACAUGUAAAUCAAACGACAGGCAACAAGGUGGUCGUGUAUUAAAUUUUGCGCAUACUGCUCAAGCCUCCAAUCAGCAACAACAGUUUAUACAAAACGUUAUACCGCAUCAAAAGCACUGGCAACAUCCAAAAAUAGGAUUUAACGAAGAACCGAUGAGGCUGGUUAGCCAAGGUUUCCUAGUUCCGCCACAACCGAAUCAGCAACAAUUUGGAUUUGUUAAUCAAUAUCCACAAUUUGCUUAUCAACACGAAAAUCAACAGCAAUAUCUACAACGUGUUCCGAUUCCUCAAGUGAACAAUCUUCAAUUUGAAUACAUUCAGCAACCACAACAACAACAGCAACAACAACAACAACAAAAUAUUCCUCAACCAUUGGCUGAAGCUUUAAUUAUGCAAAAACCUCAAGUCUUCGAUAAAAAUGAACUACAAUCCCAUAUAAACCAGUUGCCGCAACAACAGCAACAGCAACAACCGGAGGAGGUUCAACUAUUGUAUGUUCCAUUGGACACCUUAUAUCAACAGAAGCAACAACAAGGAAAUGAAGCCAGCAGACAUAAUUUAAUUCCACCGAAUGUCAAUCCUCACCAGAUUAACAACUUCUACACUGCCAGUCCAGCUGUAUCUCCGACGCCAGUCAGUAAUUCUAUUCCUUCGUAUCGUCCAACCGAAUCGCCGUCAUCGUACGAAAGAACGAAAAUUAAGUCUAAUCAGCCACCACUAUCGAUGUUCAUGAAGAAUAAAGUCAGGAAUUCGGAAAUUUCUAUCGGAGAAGUUUUAAGCGCUUUGAAAAACGCAAAAAAUAUCGAUGUUUUGGACUCAGCCAGCAAGAAAUCUCCAAAAGUAUUUGUGGGUCCAUCAGGAUUGAAAACACCUGAAGGGUAUACGAAAUUCGAAUUGCCAUAUCUAUCGUCCAUAGAGCAGGACCGUCCAAAUCGGCAAAUCAACAACCUACCAUUUUUCGUUGCACCACUCAGUUAUCACGCCCCAGAUGGAUUCGCUAAAAUACCUCUUCCAUCUCCACAUGUAGGCUCGGUGGUUGUUAAUUCACCAGAUAAUGCUGUUGAAUCGGCUAUUAACUCAGAGGCAGGAUUUUCACAGAGACAUCCAAGUUUCUAUCAGCCAACGGAUUUCCAAACUCAACAGUUUUACGAGCAAAAUUUUAAUUUCUUUAAUCCAACCACAGCAUCUUUUCUUACUAUACCCACCACUACAACAACAACGACAACAACAACAACCCCCCGACCAACAACAGCAGUUCCAACUUCACGAUCAACAACACAACGACAAACCACACCUCGUCCAAUCCAGAGACACACAACCAGAAAACCGAAUCUUGGUUUCAGGUUCGGUAGCAAUGUAUUCCCGUCAACUUCGGAACAGUACCAAUCUGCCUAUGAGCAAACUGAAAAUCCAACUCAGUCAUUUGAUAAUCAAUAUUAUCCAGCACCUGUGUCUUCAACAACUGAAAGGAACUUUGAAUAUUACAACAGAGAUCAGGACCUUUACAACCGACCAUCCAUUUCAUCAAGUACGCAAAAUCCGUUCGACUUUUUCAACAAAAACAAUAAUUUCAAUUCCAACGCUCCUCGUAUGCCAUCAACUAUUGACCCAACGUUUGAAAGUAAAAACCGAGGACAGCCGAUCGAUAGUUCUAGAACAAAGGAAUACGAGUUUCCUAAAUAUAGCAACCUAGAUGCGUACAAAACAUUCAAGCCAAUUCCUACAGCACAUGUUACAAAUGAAGAAUAUUUCAAUAUUGACAAUAAAGAUUCUACGAACAGUUUCUCGACAAACCAACGUCCCGAACAAUACAACGAAAACACUUCACAGACUCCCUUCGUACCAUCAAACUCACAGAAUGAAAACGUUAACUUUAGGGGCAAAUAUACGUUCAAUGAAACUCCAUCCAUUUCAAAGGAAAACAAAGUUGAAGAAACUUAUCAAUCGCAGACAGUAAAACCAAUUGAAUAUUCUACCAAGGCUCAAGAAAUAUUGAAAAUGAAAUCGCAUUUCCUUGAGCAGAAUUCGCAGCAUACAAGACCGAACUUACCAUCGAGCGAACCUGUAACUCAACGUACUUUCUCCUACACGCCAGUUACAAUCUCAUACGAAAACUUGCUGAAGCCCCUCUCGUCAACAGCUAACUAUGACUUUUUCAGCAAUAUAAAAAAUUCCGAAGAUUCUUCUUCUGAUGCAAAACCACCAAAAAUAUCAUAUUUCACACCAACGCCAAAUUAUGAUGAAGUCCGACCGGAAAAACCGAAAGAGGAAGAGCAAGUGAAAUACUUUAAAUAUUCAAUAAUUGAGCAAAAAAGUAAUGCUCCUGAAAGUAGCUCACCAUUAACUAAAGAUAUUGACGAAGCUACUGAAGAACCGGUUUCAGUUGGCAGUCCUUCAAUUGGCAACACAUAUUGGGAAUCAAAUAAUCGUCAUUACAAUGGACCAUCAACUCUUCGUCCAGUACAAAGUCUGCCAGGGUUAAUAAAUGGUUUGAUGGAUGAAACAUCAGAAAAGACAUUGCCAUCCACAACUGAAACCGUCAAUAUACCACGACGUACACCAACUCGGCGAAGGAGGCCCGACACAACCCAUUCUCCGAGUACAAGUACGACAGAAAAUUCAGCCAGACGAACUACAUUCCGCGGUAGAAGACCGAUCCAUUAUGCAAACAGAACGACAACAGUUAGAACAACCGUUGCCAGAAAUACUAGCAGAGUGAGAUAUAAUCCAACUCCGGAAGAAAGGCAGCAAUUGCGAAGUCAAAGCCCAAUUAAAAAAGAAUCUGAAAAUUUAGACUACCAACGGGAUGUUUUGAAGCAGAAUUACCCUAUCAUCAGUAGAAAUCCGUCAACUGACGCACCAACAAUAGAAAAGCUUUCAUCUUCAUAUGCCCUGGAACCAGAAAGCCAAAAAACCAAUUCUGACGUUGAAUACACAGUUGUAAAUGAGCGUGAAGACGUUAUUACCAGAGAAGACGACACAACUGCUGUACCAAUAACAACAUUAAGGCCAACUCUAACGGAUAACAACCCAAGACCAAAUUUUAGACAAACAGUUCGAAAAACUCAAAGAUUUGGCACAACAACUACAGCCUCUCCUUCUUCUGCUGCCACUCAAGCACCUGAGCGCCUAUCCAGAGACAGAUACACCGUUCGACCCCGAACUCGCUAUGAGUUGACAACCCAGCCGACUCGAACCACGAAGAAAAGAACUGAUCUGAGACAACGAAGACCGACUACGACACGACCUUCCGCUUCGUCAACAGUUUCUGCAAAGGACGAGUCAAACAACGAUAGUUACCAACAAAUUAGUCGCUUCAACACCGACUUUUAUCAGGAAUCAACGCCGUCUACAGUAAAUCAUAGGGGAGGAAGUCAACAGAAAAAUCAUCGUUACUCGGGUUCGCACUUCGGUCUGAAAUCAGAAGAAACUAGAUGGUCCGUAAAGUCCAAUCAAAGUUCAUUCCAACCGAUCGAUCCCGAAGCUGAUAUUGAAGAAGAUACAUUCGUGGAAAACGAACCGAUGAUAGUAACGGCACAAUCGUACAGUGAUCAGGACUUCGAAUCGUUUAACAUACCCGUUAAACAAAGUUUUGAUUUUGCAUCGGCUCCAACCACCCAAGGGGACACAAUCGGAGACACUGUAUCCUCGACUCAAGAAAGUGUGAUGGAAACAUUAUUUGAGGACCUAGUCAAUGAAAUAGUCACAGAUAGCAAGAAAAACGAAAUCUUACCGGAAGAAACCGACAAUUCAGCGUUGUCCAGCAACCGGAAGACAAACUUGGCAGAAUCAAAUGUAGAGAAAAAGGGUCAACGACGUGGAGUAUGGAAACGAAUUCGAGUCAGACCACUUGACGGAUUUGAAACAGCUGAGUCGCAAAAUUACGGACAGCAAUACAUCAACCACAUUCCAAAUGUAGAUUUGAAGGAAGAAAAAAUCAAACAAUUUGAUUUCGGCAUCACGUCUACAAUGGAAGCAAUAACCAACAAGGCUGAAAUCGAAACAACAACAGCUUCGCCAACAGAAUUAGAACAACAUACUGAACCUUCAGCUGUGUUGGAAAAUGAUAGCACAUCUACCAGUACAACAACUGAAUCGGAAAUUAUUUCAACGACCGAAGUGGCCACAGAAGCCCCAGUAGAGAUUACAACUACCUUUGUACCCGAGGAUCAAAGCAAUAUCUUGACAACUGUUCGAUCCAUUAUUGAUGCUAAAAUCGAAGAAACAACAACCCAACAUGAUCAUGACCGAAAUGAUGCACAGGUAACAGAAGGCAUCACUGAUGCCCCAUUAUAUGAGGACUAUGAUACGGAACGUAUUUUUACUGAAACACAAAAUGAAAGCCGGGAAGAGGAUCAAGAGCCACAAUCAAGCAUAUUCUCAGAAGUCAAGCAGAAGCUGACCGAUCUGUUUACCAUCGACAACGAUUACGAUUAUCAGGAAAAUAAUUUACCACUGAAAAUGCAACAGUACACAACGAUCGAGAGAAACAAGUCGUUGAAUCAAAUACCAACUGAUGAAGCCGAUAAAAAAUCAGUAAAAACAGUUGAGGCUGUAACGGAGGCAUCGUCAUUAUUCCAUAAAAAUCUUAUGGAUUCUGUAAUUUAUGCUACGUCGACAUCGACCGAAGUGUCUCAUGAAACAGAAAUAUGUUAUAGAGGCCGGUGCAUAAAAACGGACAAAAAACUUAAAACCUGAUCUGUAGUCCAGUAUUGAAUCGUCAUCUAAAUUCAUUAUAAACAACUGAAAAUUUAAUUUGUUUUGUGUCAUUUUCCCAUUUCAUUCUUUCGUUUUAUUUAUUUUGAUUUUAAUUAAUUUUCUUUUGAAUUUUUAUUUGUUACGUUUAAUGUUAAAUGUCUAAUAUUACAUUUAAGUGAUAGAUUAGGGACAACUAAAUUUUUUCGAACGAUCACGAAAUUACAAGCUUUGUCAUACUGUUAUCGGCAAAACAUUAGCUAAGAUCUCUUCGGUCUUAUUUGGCAAACGGCAUGUUAAAACAAAGGAUUUUGAAUCAAUCGGAGGAAGAUCCUUCGAUCAAAUGAAAUUAAAUGAGAUUUUUUGAUAAAAUUAAACUGAUGGUGAUGUAAUGCUGCCGUUUAUGAAAGUGGUCAUUCUAAAAAGCACAAAAUUUACCAAAGUUACAGUCGACAAUGCUACUUUGGUUGAAGAAAGAAUUGAUAUUAUCUGUAAAUAUUUAUUUAUUAA